AUGAAGAUCAGCUUUCGCUGGAUUUUAUUGAGUUUAAUUGUGGCAAUGGAUAUAUAUUGCCAGUCUGCGCUGAUAGGCUGUCAAAUUGAGAACGAUAUAUCCAACCACAAUAACAGUAAUCACGCUGUGGGGGUAGGUGAGAAUAUUAAGGAUUGCCUUCCAAACCAUCCCUACAUGCGAUCAUUUUUCCAAACCAAUAUAAUUAAAAAUAGCUUGGACUUAGAAAAUUUUGGAAGAUCGCUAUACUUGUCAUUUGAACCUUCAAGCGAAGUCAGACAUUUUUUAAUGGUUUCAGCUGGGAUGUUCGCUGUUGCAGAAAGAAUACUAUUGAUACUUUUUGUUUUACAAAUAAUAAUCAAACUUUUUGUGACUCCAAUAAUAAAAACUUUAUCUAUAAUACUAAUAAUCAUUAUUAUUUUGAGAGUCAUUUUUGCUAUUUAUAGUCUAUCAGAAAGCUAUAAGCUGUGUGAUGCUACAAUUAUUCUUUGGAACUACUUGCAAAAUUUAUUUUUUUUAAUAGACGACAAAAUAUAUAAUUAUGGCGACGAUUUAUUGCGUUACUUUGGAAUUAAUACAAACCAAACGCCGGUUUUUUGA